GCUCAGCUCUCUGUGUCCGUUGCGUAUUGCAAUAGAAAGCAUUUCUGGAGAGCAAGUGAGAUGUCCUCAUCAGCGUUGCCAACGGCCCGAGGCUCUCUCGUCGGUGACACCUCCCAGGCACACAACCAACAGCCGCCUUCAGAUCUGGACGAGGGCCCUUAUGACUCGCUGAUGCAGGUAGGUAUCUCUGUCCGCACGAACCAGCCACACACAUCUGGCAAGAUUGGUCGCCAACGUGGUCUCUCCUGUUCUUCUUUUCCCCCGUUCAGGUCGCUCUGAGUCCGCCAGUGGUCCUUUUGUGCACGGUUCUGUGCCCCCUGGUGCUGUACCUGUGCCACCUGCUGAGCCGCAAGAUGGGCUGCAUCGGAUCAUGCGACGGUGCAGAAGCUGGCCGCUCCCGAAGGAGAGAGCGGAACGCCAACCACCCCACUCCCCAGAACGCCGUCAGCAGCAGGAGGAGCACCGACCGCCCCACAGCAACUGCUUCUGCUUCUCGCGCCGCCGUCGACCCCCUCCCCCCGUCCCUCCCCCUCCCCGCUGUGGCGGCCAGGCAGUCGCCCCGCACUGAGAAGCAGAAGGCCCGGGAAAUGCUGACUUACGUCAAGCUGGAGGUCUUCACCUAUGGCGGUUGUGGAGAGGGCGGGGAGGGGGCGGCGUCGUGUCGGUCAGCUGGCGAUCCCUCCCCUGCGUCAUGCCCGUCGUGUCCACCCACCCCCGUGUCAACGUCGCUCGUCCCUGUGCCAUCGUUUCGGCGGAACACGCAGGGGCGGAGAGAGAGGCGGCGUGAUUCUCGCGAGAGCACGGGUCGGUCGAGUGAGGGUAGCGAGGUGUGUGUGGUGUGCAUGCUGGACCUGAAGGGCGAGGUGUGCGCCAAGACGAGUGUGUGCGGGCAUGUGUUCCACGAGGGGUGCCUGAAGGAGUGGAUAGAGAGGGAGCACUGGAGCUGCCCCAUCUGCAGGGCAGCACUGCCCACUGUGUCCUUCUCACCUCACGACCUCUGAUGUGAGUGAACGGGGUAGAGAAGAGGGAAAGUCUUUGCCUUUUCAUGUCGUCCCGUCUGUCUCUUCUCGUCUCGUGUUGUGAUGCGAUGCGAUUUGUGACCGUGCUUGUCUGCACGCUUGUUUGUUUGUUGAUUGAUUCAUGAAUCGCUUGCUGACUUGGUGGCUUACUUGCCUGUGCGCGUGAUUUGGUAAUUGGCUAUCUAUGGUGGGAUGUGCGUGUGAAGGGCAAGGAAGCCUUUCGCUGCCUGUUGGAGCCGUUUUCGUCUGCACACCUACACACACACGUGAUCGCAUGCUUGUUUGUGCAGAGGGAUGGGGUGGGGGUGGUGUUCAUGAUGGUCAGCCAGCCAGCCAGCCAGCAGCGUCUUUGUCAGGUGUACAGUUAGUCGAUGUCAUGUGGGUGCAUCCGGGGUGGGGGCGAUGGGCAGCAGCGGUUUCAGGGAGCACCCGCGGCGAUCGGGGAGAGCGAGCUGAAAUGGCCGAAAAGUGCGUGGAUCAAUGGGAGGUGAGGUGGUUGUUUGAUAAGGCGGGCUGGUGGGCAUCGUGGCGGUUUCUCUCUCUGCUGCCAUCGGUGUGUUGGCACAUACAAACGUGGGAUAGCACUGACAGACAGAUCGCUUCAUGGAUGGAUGGAUGGAUGGAUGCCAUUGGUGAUUUUGUGCCACUGACUGUUGGCCAAAGCGUGUUGAUAGUCCUAUUAUCUACUACUUGUUCUUCUUCUACUCUUCUAACUCCAAGCAGGUGCAUGUCUUGCCACUCACUCAGUCACUGACUUCAUGACGGAUGGAUGGAUGGAACACGUGUGUCACCGUGUGCGCGCGUGCGUGUGCUCGUGUUGGCUGUAAUGGGGGACACCUAGUGUGGAUGGACAGAGACAGACAAGUGGGGUGGGUGUGGUCAUGGCCAUGCACAUCGAACCAGCAAUCCUCUUAUGCGACGCUGCAAUGGCCAAAUCGAG